CCCACGCUUCUGAGUUCAACUAACCGGAUGCCUACCCGGCACAAGACGACAACGACUUGCUGCAUAGAUAAUGAUGUUAGGAGAAUAGUAGUGAUAACGAAGUGCUAGAGUUAAUAAAUACGGAACAAUAAAGAGAAUUCAUUCAUUCUGUUGUUAGCCUUGUAACUGGUAGUUUAGUUUUUUUUAAAAACCUUUUCUUCGUAAUCCCUACGAAAACUGGCGCAGUCGGAUCGGAUGUGAAAGUAGUGCAGUGACAGUGAAAGUGUUGUGCUUCAAAUCCACGAAGGUAUAUCGGAGGAGUCGCAGGCGCAUCCGCAGUAGCAGUCACGCAAGGACCGAAUAGCAUCCCGGGAAUCCACGGAAAACGAAGGAACAUCGAAAUCAGGAUCCCAAGUCGAAGGUUUAUCGACUACAGCUCUAGACGGAAUCGACGGAUCAUCGAGAACGGCUGGAUUUAAAUAAUGUUCACCUCACUAUCAAUUCUAAUCAUCACUUCAUGCAUUGCGCACGCAGACAUACAAAUACACGACCUCACUCAUAACCCAGGACUACUCAUGUUACAAAACGGUAACAGCUUGAUAAAAACAGGACAUCACAAAGUUUAUCACGAAAUAGACCUGGACAAAUACGCACCAUUACUAGACAAAAUUCACAACAUCAUCAACGGACUUAAAAUAUUCCCCAACUUCAAAGACAUGACGGACCUACUCCAAGAUAGAUACCUAACAGUUGUUAACCAAUUUCACAAUUUGUAUCCCAAGAAGAGAGAAAAACGAGGCUUGUUGAAUUUCAUAGGCACAGGUAUCAAACUUAUUACAGGUAACUUAGAUGAAAACGAUCUAAUCCAGAUAAAUAAAGAUAUUAACGAACUCAGGCGUUCGCACAACAAAAUUAUCAGAGAAAAUAAUGUUCAAGUAGAAAUAAAUAGACAGCUUCAAGAUAGAAUCAAUAAAAUUAUAACAGUAGUUAAUGAACAACAGGAGCUCAUAAAAAAACAAAUUAUUUACGCACGACAGGAAGUACUAAAUAAAAAAGGAUUGAAUCAAAAUUUUACUGCUCUCAGACAAGCCUUCAAAGUCUCUCAUCAUUUAGAAAUUAUGAAAACACACUUCGACAAUAUUUUUGAAACCAUUCAACUUGCAAGAUUAAAUGUAAUAUCUAAGAACUUUUUAGAGCCUCAAGAAUUGAAAUUCGUUAUUGACAGGUUAGAAGAACAGAACAUAACCUUACUUAGCGUAGAUCAGGCUUAUGAAUUUCUUGGAAUAAGAGCAUUAUACAACAAAGCAAAAAUAUAUUUCAUUAUACUCGUUCCCCAAAUAGAAUCUAAACCAUUUGACAAUUUGCUACUAGAACCACUUCCAGUAGGAGAUAGGGAAAUUAAGCUUCCAUCGACAACAGCGAUUACCAACUCAGAUGCAACGUACUUCACCAAAGGGCCAUGCCAAGUCGUAGAACAAAAUACAAUAUGCGACAUAAAGGAUCUCAUCAAUGUUUCAAACGACGAAUGUUUUUCCAAAUUACUGAACGGACUUUCUGCUAAAUGCGUUUUUACGGAAACAGUAAACCAAAACCGCAUCAAGAGGUUAACCGACAACCUCGUUAUUAUCAAGAAUGCCACAUCAGCGAAUUUUUCAACAAACUGCCAGCUAUCCAGCAGAACUCUCAUCGGAACAAACUUAAUCCACUUCAGCAACUGUUCUGUCACAAUCGAUAAUCAAACAUUUAGCAGCCUGGAAUUUCACCACGCAUCACCCGCAUUAAUUGUACCCCUCAAUGGUUUGAAAAUAGACGAAACACAUUUUGAACCAGUCAUCUCCCUGGAGAGACUUCACAAACUCAAUCUAGAGAAUAGGAAGCAACUUACAGUGCUUGGAGUUGAUAACGUUUCCCAGACAUAUGCCCUGGCAGGAAUUUUCUCUAUUAGUAUCAUUCUAGGAUGCGUGCUGUUGACGUACAUCGUAGUUAAAGCAAAGCAGCACCGGAUGGUUCAAGUAAGGUAUAUACACAGCAACGAAAUCAAGUCAAGACCAACCAAGAAGAGUGUUACGAAUCCAGAACAUUCGAAUCGGGACGAUUCGAACUCGGGGUAGGAGCAGUUACAAAUAAGAUUGCCCCUUUUCACCACUUGGCACCAAUAACCAGAUGUAUCCAGAUAACGAGUUACAGCACGGGUAGCAUAGGAGGCGCAACAUCACAACACCCUCAAUUCACAGAGCAUAAGCAGAUAAGCCGAUCAACGGAAGAACGUUGAGAACACGAGACAACAUGUUUUCCAAGAAGGCAAAGGACCAGUGCACAGCAUAAGAGAUAAGUAUAAGAAGUGCACGCCCACGCUUCUGAGUUCAACUAACCGGAUGCCUACCCGGCACAAGACGACAACGACUUGCUGCA